ACCACCCAUCCAUGUUCUCCAGACUUGCUGCCUGACCCGCUGAGUUACUCCAGCACUUCGUGUCCUUCUGUGAUAUAACUAGCAUUUUCAGUUCCUUGUUGCUACACAAUCUCACUGACAGACAGAAUUAGUUCUGGCAAUGAAGAGAGUUUCCCAAAUCAUUAAUAAACGCAUUUUUAAUCACAAUAAACAAUCUGAUUGCAAAUAUCAUUUUAAUCGCAGGCACCCAAGGCAUAUCAAUUUACAUAAGUAACCACAGAGUUACGUCACUUCUGGUGUGGGGAUGAGCAACUUGCUCACAUGUUACUGGCAGUGGGGUGUUGUACAAUGUUAGGACACAGAGGUACUACUGGAUCUCUCGAGCAGCCUGCAAUAAUCGGUGUGGAGAGAGUUUCAUUCGCAUCUGGGUCCCGGGACACCUGUCUAAUGGGUGAAUGAUGGUUUAUCGAAGAACAAUGUGGUUUGCGAAGACUUUGAAACAUUUCCUCCUCGUUUCUUUGCUCCCCUUCACUGUGCAUUUACAAGGAAACAAAACUUGCCUUCCCUCUGUGGUUUAUCCUAAAGCUACAUACAACUAUUCCAUUGGAGACACUCUAGUUUUAAAUUGUUCAGUACAGCUUUGUAAAUUAAUACCAAAUUCCAUAACUUGGUAUAAGAUGAGUGCAAACAAUUCUGAAAAAAUAGAUGUGAAAAACGUGAUAAAUUCCAGCUCGGUGAUAUUUGUGGCUUACACAGUCUCGUCUGUUAACCUGACUGACAGUGGCAAGUAUCAAUGUAUAGCUGCACAAGGUCUUCGAAUCGCACAGGGGCACAUUAUCACUGUCAACGUACAUGGUGUGAAGCCAGAUUCUUAUGAGACCUCUACGACUGUGACUCCAACAAAUGCCACAAUGACAGUUCCAAAUCCUGACAGUACCCCUCUCUGGAUUUUUUACGGUGUUAUUCUCGUGGGGAUCGUGGGUGCGGUUGUCUUCCUUGUAAUGAUGACGUACUUCUGUAUCAGAAACUUUCAGGAACCCCUGGAGACAGUCGAGCCCAGGAAUAGCUGUCAAGGAAGCCAAUGUCAUGGUAUGACUGAAAUGAAUGGAAAAUCUACAAUCUACGAAAAUAUGAAUAAAUUUUCUGAAGGUGUCAGCUCAUCAAGUCCCAAUCCUUUGACUGUUAAUGAACGCAAAUCACCUCAGAAUCGGACAGAGAAUACAAAGUUCUCCGACACACCUCAGCAAGAUACGAUAAUCUAUGCCUCACUGAAAGAAUCCAUGUUAAGCAGAAAACCAUCAAUGAAGUUUGUUGACAACGAAGACACAGAAUAUGCUGCCAUAAAUAUUAAAUAUCAAGUGGAAUGAUUUUUACAUUACAAUGAGAGAGGCCCCAGGAAAAGAACACAAUGAGUUAUUGCUGUUUUUAGACUUUGCCUUUGAACCUUUCAACAUACUCCCUGUUAACUAAUUUAAGCAAUGCUACGCUGGGCAGGACUGACAAAGGGCAACUUCCAGCAAAAGGGUCCACUUCUCAAAGUGCAGAUUUGGUUCCAAAAUGUGCAAUAGUUGCCUGUUGCUUCUGCUGAUCCUAACACAGGGCAAAGCAAGAGACGAUUCAAGACGGUAGCUGAGAUCCAUUCACACGCCGGAGACUAACUCACAGGGUGCAGGACACUGCUCUCACUGAAACAACCCUGGCAAAAGCUGUUUAUAUGUUCUAUGUAUUUUUUUAAUUAAAACAAGCAUUGGAUUGACUAAGACUGCUUAACAUGUGAUUAUGAUGUUUUGUAAACUGUGAAUAACUUGCUACAAAAGGAAGACUUUUGGCUGCCGGUUUUCAAAUUGGAUUUUCUACAGAAUGAUUAUUUAAAUAACACAUUUCAAAAUAAAUAUUUUUAAUGAAUUAUAUUAAAUGGAUACAUAUUGGUGGAGCUCACUGUGUUAAAUAAUAAACUUUUGAUGCGUGUUCUUGAAGAAUUUAAUGGAGUGAGAGGGUACAGAGGCUCCACUAGGUCUUGGUCCACUAUGUCUGUGCCAGCACUGAGAAAUCCCCUGAGAAUAUCACUUACAGCGUUGUAUGCUGUAGUGAUAUUCAUUUUAGCACUGCAUGCCGAGGGAGCUUGCUGUGCAUAAAACACAUCCAUUUAAACGCUGGCUAUACUCAGAGGUCAGGCAGCAUCUGUGGAGGGAGAAACAGAAUUAAUGUAAAAACAAUGAACUGCAGAAUGCUGAUGAAUCCACACAAGGACACAAAGUGCUGGUCUGAACAUGGGUCAGGUCAAAAACGUCACCUUUUCAUGCUCUACAGAGAUGCUGCCAAACCUGAUGAGAUACUCCAGUAUUUUCCAACAGAGUUAAUGUUUCAGACUGAAGUCACUCGUCAUAGAAACAUAGAAAAAUAGGUGCAGGAGCCUUCGAGCCUGCGC